GAAAAUGAUUCGGUGGACUGCGUUUCUCUCUCCAACGGAUUAGCAGUAGAAUUUAGACAGAAAAACUAAAAGACUAGACGACGAGCUUGAUCUUCACCAUUUCUCUCUAUCGCUACAAAUCCGCCAUUGACGAUCUCCACACACUGUAUUCUCUCACACAGGGAAGAGUGCCAGCAAUGGAUAGUAAUAAUGGAAGUCCAAGUUUGUAUCCUCUGCACCGCUGUAAAAUAGUGCACUUUGUGAGGCAUGCUCAAGGAAUCCACAAUGUAGAUGGAGAAAAGAACUACAAAGCUUACAUGUCUCCUGAAUAUUUUGAUGCACACCUCACCAAACUGGGUUGGUUGCAGGUUGAUAAUUUGCGAAAACACGUUCGUAAUAGCGGUUUGUUCAAGAAGAUUGAUUUAGUUGUUACCUCUCCCUUAAUGAGGACAAUGCAAACAGCUGUUGGAGUCUUUGGUGGUGAGAACUAUCCACUAGAUAGGAUGGAGGGAUUACCACUUAUGGUUGCAAAUGCAGGAAACAGUGAACGCUCUGCCAUUUCAAGACUAGAUUGUCCUCCUAUCGUUUCAACUGAACUUUGCCGGGAACACUUGGGUGUUCACCCCUGUGAUAAGAGGAGAAGCAUCAGCGAUUACGUUUGUCUUUUCCCUGCAGUUGAUUUUUCACAGAUAGAGAGUGAUGAGGACAUUCUAUGGAAGGCCAACAUAAGAGAGACAAAAGAAGAACUCGUGGCUAGAGGAAUAAAGUUCAUGGAAUGGCUUUCAAUGAGAAAGGAAAAGGAGAUAGCAGUAGUUACUCAUAGUGGAUUCUUAUUUCACACACUGAAUGCUUUUGGGAAUGACUGUCACCCAUUAGUCAAAAAAGAAAUCUGCCAACACUUUGCAAAUUGUGAGCUGCGUUCAAUGAUUAUCGUAGACAGAAGCAUGCUGGGAUCCGACGAAACUUCAACCAAUUAUUCAGGAAAUCUUCCUAUUGGCCAAGAUAUCCCCAGCGAUUAAUUAAGAUGCGAUGAUGAGGCAUCUGGUAUCAUCUCAUUUUGUUUAUCAGAUUUAUUAAAAGUUUACUGGUCAAAAUGUGUAUGAUCUACUCUUGGAGAUGUUCAUUUUCAAAAGCCCUUGUUUGUUAAUUUCCAGAUUGAUUUGGUUUGUAUUAUUUAUGUGCUGUAAUAAUAUUUAAAUGAAAUUAUCUUUUAAGUAUAAUAAGAUUGCUAAUUAUUUUUGUGGGUUCUA